AUGGAGGGAUUGGAGUACCCCCAGAUUAUGAUAUCUGCCAUCAAAGAAUUAAAUGAACCAGACUGGGAUGAUUUGAAACCCAAAUUGAAUUUAACUGGUCAAGAAGACGAAAUUGAGAAAGAGGCAAAGGAAGAAGAAUUGAAAACGGAGAGUGUCAAAUAUCAUCGACAAAAGCGAUACUGGAGCAAGGCGAAGUGGCAUGUGCAUUCGCUGAUUAUGGAGUCAUUUGUUACCAGUAAAAUGAAGGACAAGAUUCUACAGGAGGUCGAUUACAAUGAGAAAAUCGAUGGUGAUCCUAUUGAAUUAUUGAGACGCAUCAAUAAAUUUAUGACAACCAGUGAUGUGACAGACUGGGAACCCAUUACAUUGUGGGAAGCACUACAGAAGUGGGUGAAUUGUCGUCAGAACGGAAAUGAAACGGUAAUUGAAUACCGUAAACGAUUUGAAGAAUGCGCAACUACAGUAUUAUCUUUCAUGGGUGAUUUGUGGCUAGAUGUGUUUGCCUCGAAGACGACCCCAUAUCAUGAAAUUAAAAACAAUCAUCCGACUAAUGGCUUAUCGGAUAGACAAAAGAAGCGAGUUGCCGCAGAAGUCAAAGCACUUCAGGAAGAGUUUGUAAAGUUGUUCUGUGCUGCUGGGUUACUGCACAACUGUGAUCGUGCAAAAUAUCAGCCAGUACUUGAUCAUUUUGUUACUGCAUACGCUAUGGAGCACGUGGAUUAUGCUUGUUAG